AUGGGCAGAUUUAAUUUUCUAAAAUUUACUUUGGCAAGCAACAUUAAGCAGAGUAGUAACUCGAUGAUGACGUCAGAAUGGCUACAACAAAAAGAUUACUCUCUCAAUUCUGAAGGCGUUUUACACGGGUCAAAACAUGUUGCAUAUGACAGCAACAAUAACAACAACAACAACAACAUCAACAACAACAAUAAUAAUAAUAAUAAUAACAUUAACAAUAAUAACAUCAAUGAUACCAGCCAACAACAACAGCAACAACAUCAACAACAGCAUCAACAUCAACAACAACAACAACUAAACGUCUUUUUCGAUCUCGAAAUCGUGUAUUGCCACAAAAACAUCAACAACAAGAACAACAUCAACAACAAAAAGAAACAUUUGAACAACAGUUUUAUCAAUAUAUACUACACCAAAAACAACAACAACACAAUCACAAUAGCCAUCAUUACCAGCAAUACGUACCCCAUCAUUAUCACCAGCAGCAUCAACAACAACAUCAACAACAACAACAACAUCAACAACAACAACAACAUCAGCAACAUCAACAACAACAUCAGCAUCAUCAACAACAUCAGCAACAUCAACAACAACAUCAGCAACAUCAACAACAACAUCAGCAGCAACAAGAGCUUUCUAUUGGCUGUCUUCAUCAAUUGA